AUGGCCAGUAUCGAGGGACUGCUUGCUCAACAAAAGCACGUUAUGAACACCAUUCAUCGAGCGUUGCCUAAUCUUAAAAAAUUAGGUAAGGCCAAAUGGACGAUACCGGUUGUCCGCCAACGCCUCGCCUCGCUCAAGGAAACAUUUACUAAAUGUCAAGAACUCGAUAUCAAGCUCAAUAGUGCAACAGAAGCGCAAAAAGCCAAUAGCAACUACUUUUCCUCCAAGCUCUUCUACCAAUGUGAGGACUAUUAUAAUGAAGCUACCGACUUCAUGGCGGAAACGUUGGGGACGAUCGAGACCUCUCAGCCCUCCGCCAUUCACAAAGUCUCACAGGACCCCGUUCGACCAUCCUCUCAUCUGCCGCGCCUUGAUCUCCCAACUUUUGAUGGAACGCCGCGCCAAUGGGAAAGUUACAGGGACAGAUUUCGGUCGCUUAUCCACCAGGAUAGAACACUCUCCGAUGUCGAACGCCUCCACUACUUGUUGUCUACCUUAAAGGGGGAGGCGCUAACCGCUUUAGGCCACCUAGCCUUGACCGACGCUAACUUUGAUAUGGCUUGGAAGAUUUUAGUGUCCCGCUAUGAAAACAAACGACGGCUCAUCACGGAACACUUGACCACUUUAUUCAAGCUUCCAGCGCUUACCACGGAGAAUCCAGUUGGACUUCGAAAGUUACGAGACCUCACCAACUCAGCAAUUCAAGCACUCAAGAAUCUGGAACGUCCAGUCGAUUAUUAG